CCGUUUGCCAAAACAUGGUGCAGUAUAAACAAUCGCAAAACGUUGUGAAAUCGAUGAGCUCAUUUUAUACCUUGAAAUAAGUGUAGUUCAAGAUAUUUCUUUAAUUCGUUACAAUGGAUGAUAUAUAUAAAUUUUAUAAUAGAAAUGCAUCAGCGAAAGUGCAUAUAAAAGAGUAUUUUGAUAACUAUCGGAAACUGAUAUCCGAUUGUUUUAUACCUAUGAAAAAAGAUGAAAAUAAUUUGAUGGAAAUGAUGGGAGUCCAGCUUACAGAGGAAGAAAUGUCCACGUUAACAGAAUAUUGCAGCGUUGAUAAUUUAACAGUGGAAGGAGAAGUUCCAAAAUUAAUUAACAAUAGAAAAAUAAGAAAAAAAGAAGUGUUUGAUGCUCGAGAACCACCAGAAGAUAUACAGUUACAAACUAUUCAAAGUUUAAGGCAAAGGUUAAAACAAACAUUCAGAAAGCCUACUUAUAAAUACCUAAGUGAAUUGUUCGUAAAUUAUAGACAGGUAGAAGCGACAAAUGAAAUAUGUGCUGUUCCUGGUCAUGAUAUUCUUAUAUUUGUUAGAAUUUACUAUCCUUUUUUACACCGUGGGAAAAGUGCACCAAAGACGGAAUGUGGUACAUUGUUACGAUUACAUAAUGUUGUAGCGGUACUAGGUUCUCAAACACUUGCUCAAUUACGGGAUAAAAUAUCAUGUAUUGCUGAUUACAGUAUUUCUAGAGAAUGUAGCAAUAACUUGGACAAUGCGAUAGGACCUAUGGCAAAAGAUGUUUACAAAUCAGGAUUUUUUUUUAUUGAGAAUACUUUUUAUAAUGAUAUGAGGUGUCCCACAAAUGUUGACUACAGUAAGGUAAUCAUCAAUUGGGCACAAAGAAGACCAAAAUUAGGACCUUUUGAAACUACCUUAAUGGAACAUUGUACACUGGAUUCGUUGUGCGUAAGAUUUGGAUUUCCAUGGGUGUACAAGCACCAAGGUGGUUGUGAACAUUUAAUCGUGUUUAGCGAUGCUAGGUUUAUUAACUGUGAUGAUGAAUUAGCGAUAUCCGCAUAUCCAAGAAUAGUUAGAUUAAGACCUACAUCUUCCAAAUUUUGUAUGAUAUGUGGUAUUUUCACUGUUCAAUGGAUUACAAUGGAACAUGAAAGAAUACCGCACAAUCCUUGUUAUUUUUGUGAUAUUUGUUUUAAGUCUUAUAACUAUAUUAACGGUAAGAAGGUCGGCGAAUUUAAAGCGUACGCAUAUCCACGAAAUAUCGAAGCCGUGGAGGGAAAAAUAGAAAUAUAAAUGUACCGAACUCCAUCUGUUUGCAUCAAAAAAUAAAUUAUUUUAUUAACGUU